AAACAAAUGAAUUAUACUGCACAAAUCUAUUUUCAGUUUCAUCUCCUGUGAUCUUUGUAACAUCUUGGAGAUGGGAAACAUCUUGCAAUAUUUCCUAAGUGAACCACCAGAACUUGAGGACGCUUUAAUAAGCUACGCCUGGAACUCACUGCGAUUAAAAAGUGUCGACACUCUUAUCAUAAAUAAGGUAACCUUAUGGACGAGAAUAUUUGGAUAUACAGAGGAGAAUGGAAUGGAAGUUUACAAAGAAUAUACUCCUUUAGUUAUAGCCUGCAUGUAUAGGGAAUUAAAACUAGCCACUGAACUUAUAAAACUUGGCGCAGACGUAAACUUACAAGUUCGUCCAAGGGAUAUGCAAUUUCCGUCCGAAGAGGGUGUCCCACCGUUGUAUUUUGCAACAAAUGUUGGAGAUGCAGAGAUAGUUAAAUUAUUGUUGAAUUCAGGGGCAAAUGUAAAUGGAUUUCAAGGUCGUCGGCAGUGUGUCGAACUUGAGGAACCCGAGGAAGAAUUGUACAGUAUCUUUGAUCACGUUGGACGAACUUAUUCCCGGUAUAAUAAAGGCUGUUACCGCCCACAACACUUCUUGGAACUUUAUCUUCAGGCCGGGGCAAAGUUGAACACAACGAGAUGGGGACCUUGUCUGUUUUUUGGGAGAGGAAAAGUCUUCAAACCCAUACACGAAACAUCGAGUAUUUCACCUGGUCUAAAUUUCGAAUGUGACAGUGCAAUCCUACUUCUACAGCAUGGUGUGGAUCCAAACAUGUAUAACAUAAGCGAUGUCUGGUUUCAAUUUUGUAGACACACUCGCUAUUCGUGUUUCGGUGGUUGUGUCAAGUUUAGCGUUAUUUUGGAGACGUUUUUGGCGGCUGGGUAUCAUUUCACAAGUGUCGACCACAGCAAUCGAGUCAUCAGAGAAAAACUGAGACGUUUUGGUGUAAAUGUUGCCGAACCAAACAGCUUGAAACAGAUGUGUAGAUCAGCAAUAAGAGAACGUUUAAGGAAGAGUACUAAGGAUACAACGAUAUUUCCAGCCAUUGAUACCUUACAUAUUCCAACAUUAAUGAGAGAUUACUUAAAACUCCGUGAUAUCAUCGACAUCGACAGCUUAGAUGGUCAUUGUCGAGGCGGUCCUGUACAUAAAUAGGUAUAAAUACAAUACAGUAAAACACGGUUAUAGCGAACACGCUUAUAAUGAAUUGACGCUUACAGCAAAGUGAAUUUCAUUCCCCAAGUCUCUAUUUCAUGUUGUAAACUUGACGGAUAUAACGAAUUACGCUUUUAACAAAGUACUAUUGCCCGUCCCUGGGACUUCGUUAUAAGAGUGUUUUACUGUACAGUAAAACACGGUUAUAGCGAACACGCUUAUAAUGAAUUGACGCUUACAGCAAAGUGAAUUUCAUUCCCCAAGUCUCUAUUUCAUGUUGUAAACUUGACGGAUAUAACGAAUUACGCUUUUAACAAAGUACUAUUGCCCGUCCCUGGGACUUCGUUAUAAGCGUGUUUUACUGUAAUACAAUAAAUACAAAAAUCUCACAAACUUUUAGAAAGUAUUAGAUUUAGGAAGCAUGAUCUCCAUAUGAGUUGUUUAAGUUUACAAAUUUUAAUCCUUUUUUCCAUUAUUAUUUAUUUACAAUGCGUUUCUAAGGUACUUGUUAUGAGUAACCUGAAUUGUAAUGCCAUGAACAACCAGGUACAAUAGAGAUACGAUGCCCACAAACCUUUGUUUUGUAAACUGAGCUUGUAUAAUGUUUUUGGCUACGUCGGUUGUUUACUAAGUAUUAAUAUUCGUUAACACUUCAUUUGAUUUAGAUUUUUUUAUCAUUUGCAAGUUACCUAUCUUUUCAGUUUGAUAGUUUAAUAUUAUCUAAUGUUUUCAAAGUCUCAUUUAUUUUAAAUAUGGAACUUUGUAUCUGGCAAUUGUGUUUACAAAACAGGAUGUUUUUAAUAUAACAAAUAGUAUUAUGCUUUGUAUAUUUUGCCUAAAACUUUACAGUAUGACAUUUGAUAGUUUUCUGUCUUUUUAAAUGUAUGGCAUUGCACCUUUUUAUCCAUUAUAAAAAUUUUAAGAUAAGAAUUUGAACAUUUUAAUUACAUCAAAAUGUUAUCACGCCCAAUGGAUACGGGUGAAGUUUUAUGAUUUAAUCUUGAUACGUUGAUGAUGAGUCAAGAGCUGCUUUAUGUUUAAAACCAGUCAUUAUGUCAAAGUCGGCUUUUUUUAACGGAACGCUACAUUUAUGUAAAUCUGUGAUGCAAAUUUGAUAAAUGCCUGAUUAUUUUUGAAAGGUUCUGUAGAGUAAAAGAAAUCAAUGAUUUAAUUAUCUUUCCCUGGGUCUCAUUUGUUUUAGCUCACCUGAGCUGAAAGCUGAUAUGCUUUGGAAAAAAAAUUGACAAAAAACUAAGAUUCAUUUGGCACUUCGCAUAUGGGUAAAGUCUUGCAUCUUGACUGGUCCAUUCUUAGGUUCGUAUAAAUAAAUGUAUUAUAGCAUACAAUUAACAGGGAUAUUAUACCAAGUCAUGGCUGCCGUACAUCUGUUUACAAAAUUCAUGGUAUGGCUAACGAUUUAAUCCUAGUGCUUGAUAUAGGAUGUGGGCAAGACAAUAACAAACUGUCAACCAUCUCAUAAAUCCAUAAAACGAAAUACAAAUUCAAAACAGAGCAACACGGACCUCUAAAAAGAUAGAAGUAGGAUAAGGUGCCUAGGAGGAGUGAGCAUCCUCUGUUGACAAGUCACACCCGCCGCUUUGUCACAAUCGAGCAUGUCAUCGAGGUAA